CCACAUCAGUAGUACUCAUUUACAAAACACAGAAACAUGUUCAAGCUAACCCUCUUCUUUGCCCUAAUGGGGUUGAGUUAUUGCGCCACGGUACCUGAUGUGGUACCGAUUGUUGCUCAAAACGCCGACUCGCAACCGGACGGCACUUUCAAGUGGAGUUUCGAGGCUGGAGACGGUACCGCGCAGGAGCAACAGGGCGUCCCGAAACCGGUGGACAAGGAGGUGGUCGAGGUGAUCCAGGGUCACGUCACCUACACCGAUCCCGACGGUGUCAAGCACGAGACUCAGUAUGUGGCCGACGAGAGCGGGUACCAUCCGCAGAGCGCCGACGUACCGGUUGCACCGGCCGUACCACCGGCGAUCGUUAAGGCUCUGGAUUAUAUCGCGGCCCAUCCGCCCACCGAACAUUCUGUUGUCGUUUAAUGGGGGGUCGAUUUGAUGGAUUUGGUGUUAGGGUGUAUUUUUUCAUUUUCUCUUUUGGUUGGUGUAAAUAUAAUAAUUUGGAUUUUCAUUAAAUGAUUUUGAUGAUGAA